GUGGGGAGGACCGGCCGAGCUCGCUCGCCGCCAUGGCCAUGGCCGCCGCCGACGACGACGAGCCCUCCAUUACCCGCUGGUCCUUCGAGGAUUUCGAGCGCUACUACGACGCGGGCCUCGGCAUCCGCCACCAGCCCAAGGGCGACGGUGACGACGAUGACGACGACGAGGCGCCGGCGCCGGCGCUCGGAUCAGGCCCCGCCGACAGCGCCCGCGCCAACGGCGGCGCUGACCUCGCCGUGUUCGAGCAGUACGAGCGUCUGGAUAGAAAUGUCGAGUUCCGUAACGGGGCAAUGGAGGCUGGGCCGCCGCAGAAAUCUCUGCUCCCUUCUUUUGAAUCUGCAGAAACACGCAACUUAGCCGAGACAUUGUUGAGGGAUAUCAUUCGUGGGAGUCCAGAUGUUAAAUGGGAAAGCAUCAAAGGUUUGGAAACCGCGAAGCGUCUUCUUAAAGAAGCAGUUGUCAUGCCUAUAAAGUAUCCCAAAUACUUCACUGGUCUAUUAUCUCCUUGGAAAGGCAUAUUGCUUUUUGGUCCACCGGGAACAGGAAAGACAAUGCUGGCAAAAGCUGUGGCUACUGAGUGCAAAACAACCUUUUUCAAUAUUUCAGCUUCAUCAAUUGUUAGCAAAUGGCGUGGUGACUCGGAGAAACUCGUAAAAGUAUUAUUUGAGCUUGCGCGGCAUCAUGCACCAUCUACCAUUUUUCUUGAUGAGAUUGAUGCUAUUAUUAGCCAACGUGGCGAAGCUCGUAGCGAACAUGAAGCCAGUCGGCGAUUAAAGACUGAACUAUUAAUACAGAUGGAUGGACUGACUAAGACAGAUGAGCUUGUUUUUGUUCUUGCGGCCACAAAUUUACCAUGGGAACUGGAUGCAGCAAUGUUACGCCGAUUGGAAAAACGUAUUCUUGUGCCCUUACCAGAGCCAGAAGCUAGACAUGCUAUGUUUGAAGAGUUCCUACCUUCUACUCCUGAUGCAAUGGAGGUUCCGUAUGAUAUUCUUGUGGAGAACACUGAAGGAUAUUCGGGCUCUGAUAUACGCCUUGUGUGCAAGGAGGCUGCAAUGCAACCCCUUAGACGGAUAAUGGCAGCUCUAGAAGGCAUCCAAGAAGAAGUGCAUGAGGAUGAUUUGCCUGAAGUUGGUCCAGUAACGGCAGAGGAUAUUGAACUUGCUUUGAGGAAUACACGGCCGUCUGCUCAUCUCCAUGCACAUAAAUACGAAAAAUUCAAUCAAGAUUAUGGCAGCCAUGUCCUCAGCUAAAGAUGGCAAAGACAAGAGUAUUUGCCCGCUUUAGAUCUCUGAGGUGCUCUUUGAACUGUUCACUAAGCAUGUCUAGAAGCCUAUUUAUAUGAUUUCAGCUGCACCCUAUAUGGAACCUAAGUGUUACUUGGCUAACUACCAUCCAGUAUUUCCAGCUCAUAAGCACUCAGCUGUGACGAUAUUUUCUCCAUGUACAUUACCAUUUGUUUGUCAAGUAAUAAGCUCUGGGUCCGAUCCUUCGCUUGUUGUCCCUAAUUCUGUGGCGUUUUUCCA